CGAAAAGCCCACGAGAUGGCGAUGGUGCUGCGCCGCCUCGCGGGCGCGGCCGGCUCGCCGUCGGCGGCCGCGCUGCUGCUCCGCCCCGCGCUCACCCGCCCGAUCUCCACCGGAUUCCGCGAGGAGCGCGACACCUUCGGCCCCAUCCGCGUCCCCAACGACAAGCUGUGGGGCGCGCAGACGCAGAGAUCGCUGCAGAAUUUUGACAUUGGCGGCGAGCGCGAGCGGAUGCCCGUGCCUAUCAUCCGCGCCUUUGGCGUGCUCAAAAAGUGCGCCGCUAAGGUGAAUAUGGACUAUGGCCUGGAUCCAACGAUUGGGAAGGCAAUAAUGCAGGCAGCUGAGGAGGUUGCAGAGGGAAAGUUGGAUGAUCACUUUCCGCUUGUGAUCUGGCAAACUGGCAGUGGCACACAAAGCAACAUGAAUGCCAAUGAGGUAAUUGCUAAUAGGGCAGCUGAGAUACUUGGGCAUAAGCGUGGUGAUAAGUUUGUACACCCUAAUGACCAUGUGAACAGGUCACAGUCCUCAAAUGAUACAUUUCCCACUGUUAUGCACAUAGCAGCAGCUGUAGAGAUCAAUUCAAGGUUUAUCCCAAGUUUGGAUCAGUUGCAUAAGUCACUUCAUUCAAAGUCUGAUGAGUUCAAAGACAUCAUUAAAAUUGGGCGUACGCAUACCCAAGAUGCCACCCCGUUGACUCUUGGGCAAGAAUUCAGUGGUUAUGCUACACAGGUGAAGUAUGGAAUUGAUCGAAUUGCAUGUACCUUACCAAGGAUGUAUCAGCUUGCUCAAGGUGGGACUGCAGUUGGCACUGGCUUGAACACCAAGAAAGGAUUUGAUGUCAAAAUUGCUGCUGCAGUGGCCGAGGAAACAGAUCUACCAUUUGUGACAGCAGAGAACAAGUUUGAAGCUUUGGCAGCACAUGAUGCUUUUGUUGAGAGUAGUGGUGCCGUGAACACAGUUUCUGCAUCUCUUAUGAAGGUAGCAAAUGACAUACGCUUGCUGGGAAGCGGUCCUCGUUGUGGACUUGGUGAACUUAUCCUACCAGAAAAUGAGCCUGGGAGCAGCAUUAUGCCUGGAAAGGUUAAUCCUACCCAGUGUGAGGCUUUGACCAUGGUUUGUGCUCAGGUUAUGGGUAAUCACGUUGGUGUUACAAUUGGUGGAUCAAAUGGGCAUUUUGAACUGAACGUUUAUAAACCAAUGAUUGCUGCUGGAUUGCUUCGAUCAUUGAGAUUAUUAGGCGAUGCAUCUGUGUCCUUCGAGAAAAACUGUGUCAGGGGAAUAGAAGCAAAUCACAAGAGAAUUUCACAAUUGUUGCAUGAGUCUUUGAUGUUGGUGACAUCCUUGAACCCUAAAAUUGGCUAUGACAAUGCUGCAGCUGUUGCUAAGAAAGCUCACAAGGAAGGAACAACACUGAAGGAAUCUGCUUUAAGCCUUGGAGUUUUGACGGAAAAAGAAUUCCAUGAACUUGUUGUUCCAGAGAAGAUGAUUGGCCCUUCUGAUUAAUAGCAUCCUGUUAUGUUUCUCUGGCAGUGUUCAGGUUGCCGCUUCCUGGUUACUAGCUCGUCCGUAAAUAAAGCAAGCUAGAUUUCACAUCUUCAGUUCCUCGCACCACUGGAGAGUUAAUUUUGCACUACCGGUGCCGGAGAAGAACAUUCUUUUCCUGUUAUCAACACAGGAGCAAUGUGGUUCGAUUAAUUGGAAUAGGUGCCCUUUUCUUUGAUAUUAUCAUCACGCCAACUUACCAACUUGGCAAAUGAUCAUAUAAUAAGUGAUAUGGUGUGAAAUUUAGUUACCAUUAUUACUCUGGAGGAAAAAAAAUGAAAAAGAGAGUUCUAGAUUCUUUUAUUA